AUGGGCCCGAAGCACCUAGAGGGCUCGAAGAACCUGGAGGGCCUGAAGAACCUGGAGGUCCCUGCCUUCCUUGAGGACCGUCGCGACCAUCGCGACCAUCACGUCCUGGAGGCCCAGGAGGACCAUCACGACCGUCCCUUCCUGGAGGACCGUCGCUGCCAUGCCUUCCAGGAAGACCAGGAGGCCCGGGAGGACCCGGACUACCGCCGCGCAAGCAAUUCUGGCGCCAGCUCUUUAUUAACAAUCGCGACCUCUGAGGUCCGCUGGGCAAAGGUGAAUAAGCAGGGUUUUGAGAAGAUGGUGCUCAAUCCGCGUGGCGCUUACAUUGACGAAUUGACGAAGUCAAUGCUGGCUUUCUUCUACUUUGGCACUGACGAAGCGCUGGCUGAGGGCCUUUACAACUAUUACCGGAAUCUCUCGGGGCUCUCGGAGACUACGUUAUGGCUUGACGGAAAUAAGUCUUUCCUAGAGAAUGUUUGCUACAGACCAUAG